UGCGAUUUAUUCCUGUUUACGUUCAACGUUAGCAAACCUUGCUGCUGGCGGGGCAAGCCCCUGAUUGCACCGGGAAUAGGUUGUAAAGAAAUGCCAGCCUCAAAGAGAAGAUCAACUUCUGAUGAUGCUCAAACCAAGAUGAGGAAGCUGGACGAGGAUGGGGAGGUCGAACCAUCUAAAACUGCACCAGCUACUAAGAAUAGGCCCCUUAACACGGGAAAUUCACAAGAAAGGACAGUAACCCCGCGAACCAAGAAAAAAGGGUCUGCUUCGGUGAAAGAGGAACAUAAACCAGCUAUGUCCAGCCGCCAUUCAUCCAAACAGAGCUCCUCUCUAAAGGAUUCCAGCAAAACCACGUCUGACCCACCUGUCAAAAAAGCCAAGCUCUUGAAAGCCACAAGUGCCUCCUGUGGAGCAGCUCCCUCGAAGAAAGCUAACUCCAAAGCUUCCCUGAAGAGACCAGCCAGCCUCUCGCGAACAGCCUCCACAGAGUCAGAUGAUGAGCUAAGUAGUGACAGUAGCAAGAUUGACCUCUUUAAAAUGAGGGACGAUGGAAACAAGGCCCGGUGCAUCAGAAAAUAUUCAAACCGUGUAAGAGCCAAGCGCAAAGCCACAGAGUCGCCGUCUGACCCACAGGAGCCUAGCCAGGAGUCAUCAGCCUCACCGACAGAUCCUAUACAGAUGGACCACAAUUAUGGUAGAUGCUCAACCUCUCCAGUUAUUCAAAUAGCAGAUGAGGCUGAUCAAAAUGAGAGCAAGGAACCGGUCUGUCAUGAGUCUGUCACUGAACCAGAGAGCCAAGAAGAAGUAGAUGCUCCCAAACAUUUGUUGUCAAAGGAGACUUUAGACUCUGUAACAGUGAAUGUGGAGGGCGGAAAAAAAUCUCAGCAUGAACCUGAAGACAGUGACAGUAAGGAAUUUGAAAAUUUAGAGAGCCAAGAACAUAUUGAUUGUGAAACACUAGUAUCAUCAAACGAAAAGUUGGACUCUGUUGUUGGGAAUAAGAAGUCUGGUGUCACAUCUGAGGGUGAGAUCGAGGAAAAUGAAAGUAAGGAUGUCACAGAGUCCAUCGCUGAGCCUGUGAGCCAAAACCAUGUAGAUAAUGAAGCACUAGCAUCACCAGUGGAAACAUUAAAUUCUGUUAAUGAGGAUGUGAAUCCAGGCUGUGAAGGUGAAGAUCAGACAGGUGAAAAGAAGAGAGUCAUAGAAUCAGCUUCAGAAGAUAUUACACAUCUGAACAUUGAAACUCAAGGAAAGGAGCCCCCAGACUCUGUCCCUACACGACAGGCGUUUGUUCUGUGUGAUUUGUCUAAUUGACUUAAUUGAGUAGCAAAUCUUCUCAAGCACAGGCUUCAUGUUUGGUUGGUUUGCAUUUAUUAUUUGUGCUUCUGUUAGCAGUUUC